AUGCAUGCCCUCGUGGACAAACAGAUUGUGCUGUAUCGGUGGCACAUCAUCGAAGAACAGGGUCUUCCCGAGUCCCAGAAACUGAUCUGGCUGAUUGACGUCUGGUCGGUCCAUCGCUCGAAAGAGUUCCGCAAGUGGAUGCAUGACCACCAUCCCAAGAUCAUCAUUCUCUACGUCCCUGCCGGUUGUACAGGCUUAUUCCAGCCUUGUGAUGUGCGCAUACAACGGCUUUUGAAACACAUCUGGAAGUGUGUGUUCCACGAGCAGAUCGUCACGGAGUCUCUGCAUCAGCUCAAUGCUGGCGAGCCUGUCAAGAUGCCGACAGCUGUCGCAGCUAUGCAGAAUCAAACAGUUUUGUGGCUGGUGCAUGCUUACGAGGGACUGAACAAGUCAGAGAUUGUGAAGAAGGUACACCUGAAAUGA